UAGAGAAGGAAGGACAGUGUUAGGAGACAUGAUGCUGAGCGCUUUCAGACUGACAGUGAGAGUGUCUUCAGCGGUUCAGAGAGCCUGUCAGUGUUCAGCUAGAGCACUGCACUCGAGCCCUGUGCUCUGGGCAGGACACAACAAAUGGUCCAAAGUGAAGGACAUUAAAAUACCCAAAGAUGCUGCUCGAGCCCGUAUGAUUGCUAAGUUCACCAUGAUGAUUAGGAUUGCAGUCAGAGAGGGAGGACCCAAACCAGAAUUUAAUGUUGCAUUGGCACAACUUCUAGAGCAAUGUCGGAACAAGAAUCUUCCGAAAGCCACCGUAGAAGGAGCUAUAAAAGGAGCCAAGUCAAAACCAGGAGUACAGUGUCUUUAUGAGGCCACAGGACCGGGCGGGUGCACGCUACUCAUUGAGGUUUUGACUGACAACAACACACGAUCCCACAGGGAACUUAAACAUAUCAUGACGAAACAUGGCGGGGCGCUGUGUGAAGGAGCGCGCCGUAACUUUGACAGGAAAGGUAUUGUGGCAGCGUCCAGAGAUGGGAUCUCCUCUGAGAAAGCUCUAGAACUGGCCAUUGAGGCAGGAGCUGAAGAUGUGCAGGAGACGGAGGAUGAGGAGGAGAGACCCAUCCUACAGUUUGUCUGUGACAUGACGUCUAUGAAGGCUGUGCGGAAUGCUCUAGAAAGUCUGGGCAUUCACACACUGUCAGCCGGACUGGAGUUUGUUCCUCACACCCCCUCUCUCCUGACUCAGACUCAGCUAGAGACAGCGUUCACCCUGCUGGAGGCUGUCAAUGACCACCCUGAUGUGGUCCGGGUAUGGGAAAACAUCCACACACAGAACUAGUGUUCACCGUACUGUAAGUCACAGAUAGAUGGACUAAGUAAUGCUCUACAUGCCUUAAGAGCAACUGGAACAAAAAGGACCUGCUUGGCCAAAUUUGAUUGGACUUUACUUGGAUUUAUUGUGUGAUGAUUAAAUGCUUGAUUGACCUUGUUGAUAUAUCUUCAUCAUGGCAAUAAAGAA